ACGCUGUCAAAGUUGUCAAAUCCACAAACAUCGCGCUGCGCGCCGCUUCGUUUGCUUUUCUCUCUUCUCAUUGUAUUUUUUCCAUUAAAUUGUGUUGGUGAGCCGUGAAAAAUGAGUGGCCCGAACGGGAUGUUGUACGGUGGUGAUGAAAUAGGUGCACUAGUGUUCGAUCCUGGGCACCACUCGCUCAGAGUGGGUUACGCUCAGGAGGACACUCCAAAGGCUGAUAUUCCUGCCGUGGUUGGCGUAGGACCGGCUACUCACAUCCCUGAGGCCGAAGAGAAGGUUCCUGAUGGGAAUGUCACUCAGAGCGGCACAAAAGCGGGCAACGAACUGCGGCACUACAUAGACGUGACAGAACUGCACGUGGCCCGGCCCGGCAUGGAGGCACAGACGUACAUGAAGGACGGACAAGUCGACAACUGGGAUCUGUUCGAGAAGAUGCUCGACUACUGCUACGCUAAGAGCAAAGAAGUGAUCCGCGAGAGAGAGAGGGCGCGCUACACGCUGAAGACUCUGCCCGCCGGUCUCACUCACUCGUGGCAGCAGUACAUGCUUAAACGGCAGUAUGAGGACUUCUGUCAUUGCAUCGCACAGGUGUCAGAAAGUGCUUACGACGAGCGCACAGCGGCGUCGGUCCCGGGCGUGCACUACGAGUUCCCGGGCGGCUACCAUCAGGACUUCGGCCCCGAGCGGUUCAAGCUCACCGAAUGCUUGUUCGAGCAAACGCGAGGCGCGCCGCAUCUGG